UCCAAACAGAAAUUCACAAACAAUCCCAGAACAUAACCUAUGCAAAAAAAAAUUGAAUGUUAUUUGUGAAUAUGGAUUCAGAUGAAGAAUUCAGUCAAUUUUGUGAUAAUUAUUUGGAGGAAGACACUAAUUUGAUACUUGAUAAUAAAGAUACUAACAGACUUAUUGAAGGCUCUAAGGAUUUAUCAGAUUUGGAAGCUCCACAACAAUGUCACAUAGAUGUUUUGAAGAAAGUGUUUGGUCAUACAACAUUCAGACCUAUGCAAUGGAAAGUGAUAAAUUCCAUUAUCAAAGAUAAAAGAGACAACUGUGCUAUCAUGGCUACAGGAUAUGGGAAAUCUUUGUGUUACCAAUUUCCAGCAAUGUAUUUGAAAGGAAUCACUGUAGUCAUAUCACCUUUGAUUUCUUUAAUGGAAGAUCAAGUUCUUUCAUUGAAGAUGGCCAAUAUACCUGCUACUUUAAUGUGCUCAUCAAAUGCUAAAAUAAGAGAUACAGCUGAUGAGAUUUUGGAUGAUGAAUAUAGACUGAUUUACAUGACUCCAGAGUUUGUGUGUGGCUCAUUUGGAUCUGGAUUGUUGCAGAAAAUGCACAAAAAUCUGAAUUUGGUGCUGAUUGCCAUCGAUGAGGCGCAUUGCGUGAGCACCUGGGGUCACGAUUUUCGUGCCACGUACCGUCAUUUGGGUGAUCUCAAGAAAUACUGUCCAGAUGUACCAUUCUUGGCUGUAACAGCCACCGCGACUGCAGUAGUCCGAAGCGACAUAGCAAAGUCUUUAAAUUUGAGGAACCCGCAGUUUUUGUGUUCCGGUUUCGAUAGACCUAACUUGUUUUUUGAAGCGCACAGUAAGAGCAAAUCCAAUCAAAUUUUGUCGGAUAUCAAAAAAUGCAUGCAUUUAAGCAAAUUUAAAGGAUCCACGAUCAUUUAUUGCAUCACGAAGAAGAUGACAGAAACCAUAGCGCAAUUAUUAAAUUCGAAUGGGGUGCAAUGUGGAAUGUAUCAUGCUGGUAUGAGUCUACCGAAAAGGAAGGAAACGCACGAAAACUUUGUUAAAGACAAGGUGAAAUGUAUUGUAGCCACGGUUGCUUUCGGAAUGGGUAUAGAUAAACCGGAUGUGAGGAAUAUUAUACAUUACGGCGCUUCCAAAGAUUUAGAAAGUUACUAUCAGGAAGUUGGAAGAGCGGGAAGAGAUGGUCAACCUGCGAAAUGCAUAGUUUUCUACGGCAGGGACGAUUUUCAAAUCCAAAAACUCCUCAACGAACAAGUCAAAAUGAAUGAAAGUGUGAGGAAACACAAGGAAAACAUGUUGAAUUUGAUGCAAAAGUACUUGGACUCCAAUGGAUGUAGGAGAUCGUUCAUCCUCGACUACUUUGGCGAUUCAAACUAUCAAGUUGCAGAUGAAUCUGCGUGUUGCGAUAAUUGCUUAAAGAAGAUAAUCGAUCCUAAUUUCGAAGAAAAUCGUUUGGUUGAUUUUACUGAAGAUUCUCGAGUUUUGUUGAAUGGAAUGGACGGAAUGGGGGGUAAAUUCGGAUUGGAGAAAUAUGCUUUGUUCUUGCGCGGCUCUUAUAGCAGCAAAUUGAGUGCGCAGUUGAAACAACACCCUUUACACGGAAGUGGUAAAUAUAAAUCCGAAGGAUGGUGGAAAGCACUAGCCAUUCAAUUAUGCAAUGAGGGUUCUAUUGUUAAGGAAUUCGUAAAGAAAUCGACGUUUUCGUAUAGUACAUUCGUUGUGAGCGAUAAAGGGUAUAGGUUUUUGAAUGACAAAAAUGCGAAGCUCUUGCUCGAACCAAUUCCAGAAAUAAAGCUAUUGUUACCACGGACAUCAAUAGAUUUUAGAAUUGAAGAAGCGGAAUCGAUUCCGCAAACUGUGGCUGUGACCCAUCCACUCGAAACAGUUGUUGCGUGUGGUAGCAGUUUACAAAACUUCGGGAAAAGGGUGGAGAGUGAAGAAGAGAGAAAGAAGCGCAUGGAUAUUUACUCAAUUCUGAUGUCGAAGAGAUUAGACAUUGCCUCAGAUUUAGAUUGUAUGCCUUACAUGGUGGCUUCAAACGAGGCUUUACUCAAUAUGUCAGAGAAGAAACCAAUCAACGUAGCUCAGUUUCGUGAGCAUAAUUAUGACGGUUUCAACGAUAAUAAGAUAGAAAAGUUUGCUCAAUACUUUAUUGAUAUUAUAAGGGAAAAUUGCGAUUUCGUUGAAAGCUCGGCUCCAGCAAAACCGCAGGAAAUUAAAGAUAUUUUGGAGAAGAAUCCUGUACCUAAUGCAAAGGUUGGCGCUUCCGCUUUGAAGACGUACGCUCUCUUCGAAGCUGGAAAUUCAGUGAAAGAAAUAUCAGUGGAGAGAGGUAUAGUUGCAUCCACGGUGUUUUCCCAUUUGAUAGACUGCAGCAAGAUGGGAUUUCCUAUUAAACUAAUCGAGUUAGGUGUAACGGGUGAACUGAGGGAUCUCAUAAUCAAGGUUAUUAAGAACCCACCCAUUAAUAAUGAUAUGACUUCGAUAACGCCUAUUAAGAAUGCGUGUCCAGAGGAGAUUACCUACGACAACAUUAAAAUCGUCAUAACUUAUCUCCUGGUACGCGAGCAUCUGCAAAGUCUGCAGAUUCCCUACACCGAAUUCGAAGACAUCACUUACGAUGAAGUGGUGGAGGUGAUGAAGAAGUCAGUUGCAAACACCUCGUUGACGCAAGAAGGCGCUUUGGAUGAGUUGGUUCGAGGUUUCGAAGACGACGAAAGCUUUACUUCCUCUCAUCUACACAAGAAACCUAAACUGGAUGAGAGCGACCUAUUCGAUAUACUCGAUUCACCGUAAUUAAUUAUACCAUUUAUUGUUG